AAAAUACCAAAACGAAAACAGAUUGGCAGAGCCAAUCCUUUCGUUCACAAUUGUCAACAUUCCCUCGUGCAAAAAGGUAACUAAAAAAAAAUCCACCUGGAAAUAGGCAGAUCCGAGGUAAUCACAAUAAAAUGGUGAAAUCGAACCCCCUGAAUAUUUUGCGGAGCAUCUACAACAGCGAGUUCCAAUGGAUGCUGGUCAAGAGCUACGGCCUGUUUUUCCUGGGAGUGCGUCUGGCCAAGGAGUUUGUGGGCGUGGAACUGAUGCCGGCGCUGGGACCAGCCUAGUCAUGAAACCAAAAUUGAAUCCGCCGCGUAAAACAAAGGCAAUAAAAGUUAACUAAUA